GAAAGUCGAUGAUACAAUAAUUGAAUCAACCAUGAUCCACCUGAGCGACAGAGACGAAGGACAUGGAGAUAACAACAAUAAUCCCGCAUAGUAGUCUAGUCAUUCAUUUCACCCCUCUCCCUGUCUCAGACAGGAGUCCCCUGAUCGGAUCCAUCAGCAAUCGGACACUGCAGACUGGAUGUACUGUUUAUGUAGCCGCUACCGAGGUGCGACCGGACCCGACAUACAGAUGUACAGGAGGCUGCAGCCACCUGGUCGUAUGUACGGGGAGUACUUCUCAUGUACCUCUCAUGUACCUCUCAUGUACCUUCCUGUGUGGACCCCCAUCCAUUCCAUCCAUCCCCCAGCAAGGGUGAGUACAUCCUGUAUACUUGCUUUGCUAGCCUAUGGACUUACUUGCCUGCUGGUUCCCAUGUUUGUUUUCCAUGUUUGCUUCCCCUUUCCUCUCUCCAUCACAAUGCUUUGCCCCUUCCCUCUCUCCCAGAGCAACAUCUUAUCUAUCCCCGUGUUGACGUCUAUCUCUUUGUUUGCCACCAACAUCAUACUAGAACCCUAGCCUGGAAAAGGUGAUAGAAGGUACGAAGGAGUAGUGCAUGAUUACACAAACACACGACAGCCAGCUAGCCAUCAUUCUAUCUAGUAGCUAGCUA